AAUCUCAUUGCCUUCAUCCGCCAUGGAAGACCUCCACCUCUCAAAAUCCAUCUUCUUUUCAAUUCUUCCAUUCUUCUUCAUCUUCAUCUUCUUCUUCAAAUCCAUCUUUUCCAUUUUCUUCAUCAAACCCACCAACAAUUUUGCUCCCAGAUCAUACCCUCUCAUCGGAUCUUUGUUCUUUAUACUCCAAAACAACCACCGUUUCAUCCAGUGGACGUCGGACUACGUCAACAAUAGCCCUACUAAGACCGCCGUACUCCACCGCCCUCUCGGCCGUCUCCGUGUCCUCACCGCCAACCCUGCCGUCGUACGACACAUUUUGAAAACCAACUUCCACCUCUACCCGAAAGGUAAGACCGCCACAAACAACCUCUUUGAUUUACUCGGCCACGGAAUCUUCAAUAUCGACGGUGAUGGGUGGAAGUUUCAGAGACAAGUUUCAAGUCACGAAUUCAACACAAAGUCUCUGAGGAAUUUCGUCGAACAUGUGGUGGACACUGAGCUCAACGACCGUCUCCUACCCAUCUUCGCCACCUCCGCCGCUACCGGAGGGUCCGAAACCACUGUUCUUGACCUCCAAGAUAUACUUCAGAGAUUUACGUUUGAUAACAUAUGCAAAAUCGCAUUCGGACAUGAUCCUGCUUACUUGCUGCCGUCGUUGCCGGAUGCUAUAUUCGCCACCGCCUUUGAAGAAGCUGUUAUGAUCAGCACCGGCAGACUCCGAUCGAAUCUUCCAUUGUUAUGGAAACUUAAACGGAUUCUCGACAUUGGGUCGGAGAAACGGCUUCGUAUCGCCGUCGGAGUCGUUCGAGAAUUCGCUAUCAAAAUCACGAAAGAAAAGAAACAAGAACUGAAGCAAAAAUCAUCAAUCGACUCCGUUGAUCUAUUAUCCAGGUUCCUGACCUCCGGUCACUCCGACGAAAACUUCGUCGCCGAUAUCGUCAUUAGCUUCAUAUUAGCCGGCAGAGACACCACCUCCGCCGUGUUAACAUGGUUCUUCUGGUUGAUCUACAAGAACCCCAGAAUCGAAAGUGAAAUUCUCAAAGAAAUUAAAGAGAAACCAGAAAGCCUAAUUUACGACGAAGUGAAAGACAUGGUUUACACUCAUGCUUCCCUCUGUGAAACCAUGAGACUUUACCCGCCGGUGGCCGUAGAUGGGAAGGAAGCAGCUGACGACGACGUUUUACCUGACGGAACCGUCAUGAAGAAAGGGUAUCCGAUAUCGUAUCACAUUUACGCAAUGGGAAGGUCUGAGGAGUUGUGGGGUUCCGACUGGUCGGAGUUCCGGCCAGAGAGGUGGUUGGAGAAGGAUAUUUCAGGGAAGUGGGUGUUUAAACCGAGGGAUGUUUAUGAGUAUCCGGUGUUUCAGGCGGGUCCACGUGUCUGUUUGGGGAAAGAAAUGGCGUUUUUGCAGAUGAAGAGGGUGGUGGCGGGUGUUUUACGGCGGUUUAGGGUGGUUCCGGCGACGGAUGAUGGCGUCGAUCCGGUUUACGUAGUUUACUUCACGGCGAAGAUGAAAGGUGGGUUUCCCGUAAGGAUAGAAAACAGGGAUGAGAUCAAAUGAUUACGUCGUCGUUUGAUUCUUGGCCGUCUAUGUAGUCAUCAAAAUUAUU